UCGGCCUCGCCAAAAGCUUGGUUCAGUUCUAAAGCCUGCUUAAGAUUUCCCCUCGAGCCUCUUUCUCUCUCUUCUCCACGAUCGUCGAUCGCGCUGUGUUUUUUCGGCGAUCGGAUUGGCCGCCGCCGCCGAUGGCUUUCCUCGAUUACUGUUGGCAGUUUCUAAUCACUCAUUUCAGUGACUUUCAAUUGGCUACAUUUGGUUCCUUCAUUAUUCAUGAAAGUGUGUUCUUCCUUUCUGGACUUCCUUCUAUAUGUUUUGAGAGGACAGGACUUUUCAGCAAAUACAAAAUUCAGAGAAAGAAUAACACCCCUGAUGCUCAGGAGAAAUGCAUCUUGCGUCUGGUCCUGUAUCAUUUAUGCGUGAAUUUACCUGUUAUGAUAUUUUCUUACCCUGUUUUUAGAUGGAUGGGCCUGAAAACUUCACUUCCACUUCCACACUGGUAUGUGAUCUUAUCGCAAGUUGUAUUCUAUUUCAUUCUGGAGGACUUUGUGUUUUAUUGGGGGCAUAGGGUACUUCACACGAAAUGGCUGUAUAAGCAUGUCCACAGUGUGCAUCAUGAAUAUGCUACACCAUUUGGAUUGACAUCUGAGUAUGCGCAUCCUGCUGAAAUUUUGUUCUUGGGCUUUGCCACCAUAGUUGGCCCUGCUCUUACGGGGCCACAUCUCUUUACUCUUUGGUUAUGGAUGGUAUUGAGAGUGUUGGAGACCGUUGAAGCUCAUUGUGGCUACCAUUUCCCGUGGAGCCUUUCAAACUUUCUUCCUAUAUACGGAGGCGCUGAAUUUCAUGAUUUUCACCAUCGUGUUCUCUACACCAAAUCAGGAAACUACUCUUCGACUUUCACUUACAUGGACAGGAUAUUUGGCACUGAUGGGGAUUAUCGGAAGCAGAAGGCCCUGCAGAGCCAAGAAGGGAAAUCUCUAUGAGAAAGAGGGAAUGUGCUUCUGUUCUAGUGUUAUAUAGCAAUAUUCUACUAUAAGCUAUCCAUUGGAACGAAUAUAUGUACAAGCAGCUAUUGGUGUCGAGUGGACUGAAGAUAUUGGGUUAUUGGCACACUGAUUCUUUUUCUUGAUCAUUUUUGUGGUCUUCUGAAUUGUGGAAGUUUCUAUUGAAUUCAUCUGCGUGCUUGAGAGAGAGAGAGAGAGAGAGAGCUGCAUUUUGCAUAGACGAUCAUGCCUCAGCUUUUGAUUCUGCCGUGUGAUUUGCUUCUGAAAUGCAUUAUGGUUAUGCUACCUUGCUACAGUGCAGAUGAACUGAUAUGCUGGUUUUUCCUCUUUUCAUCAAGUUUAAUUUUUUGUUCUUUU